AUGGAGGGAGGGAGUGAUGGGACUCCUAAACCAACUGAAACUUGGGCUAAUAAGGUGAAGGGUAGCUCUAUUGCCUCAAAAGGGAAAGCACUAUCGUUUGUCGCCCCUGUUUGUACUGAUGGGAAAGUAAUUGCUUGUUUGCAACAAUCUGAACUUAAUAGAUGCAAUUCCCUGUGGUCUAAUGCUGUAGUGAUGUUUGUUAUUGGUGAGACACCCACAAUUGCUUCUGUAAUGAGGUUUAUCACAAAAGAAUGGAAUCAUGUAGCUAUGCCUAAGGUCUUUCUACAUGAUGAAGGAUAUUUUGUGCUGAAAUUUGGAUCUGUAGAGGAUAAGGAUGCUGUGUUGUUUGCAGGGCCACACUUCUUCUAUGGGAAGCCUACUAUUCUCAAGCAGUGGUCUCCUAGUUUUCAUUUUCAUGAGGAAGUGUUGAAAGUCAUUCCCCUGUGGAUUAAGUUCCCAAACCUGCCUUUGAACUGUUGGGGAGAAGACUCUCUCAGUAGAUUGAGUAGUGUGGUUGGGGUGCCUUUGUAUGCAGAUGAGUGUACUUCUCAGCAGCUUAGAAUUUCCUUUGCUAGAGUGCUUGUUGAGGUAGAUGUAACUAGACCAUUGCCUUCCAGUAUUACUGUAGCAGAUCCCUCAGGACAAGAAUUUGAACAAGCAAUAGAGUAUGAGUGGAAACCAGAAUAUUGUAAGAAGUGUUGUAUGGUGGGGCAUAAUUGCAAUGUGAAAGUGUUCAAAGCAGCUGCUCCUGUUAAAAAGGUUGUUGAAUAUCACCUUACUCCUGUGGGUAAUAAUGUGGAAGCUCAUGAAACAACAGAAUGGAAAGUGGAUGCUAGGAGAACUAAACAUAGGGAGGAGAGACCUGUGUUAAAGGGUACUCCUGUGCAGAACUCUUUUAGUCUGCUAUCUAUGGAGCAACAGGAUGAGAACAUAAAUGGAGUUGAGGAGGAGAAUGAAGGGGGGGUAUCUGGUUUUAUCAACCACCCAGGAUGA